AUGGUUGAAUUGAGAAGAUCUACUAGAUUGGCCACUCAGAAAAGAGUUGAGAGGGAAGAAGAAGUCGACGCAAUGAAAGAUUUAAAGAAGAAGAAGAAGAUGGAAAAGAACUCAACAUCUAAAGCCAGUAAAUCAUCAGAAGGGAAAGUAAAUGGUAAAUCUUCCAAGGAAAAGGUUUCAAACGGUGUAACAAAAAUGAACAGUAAUGGUAAAGGUACAGAGAAGGUAAAGGAUGCCAAGGAAAAAAAGGGCUCCACAGAUGAAAAGAAUGUUAAGGAAAAGAAAGUUUCUACAGAGGAAAAGGAAGUUAAAGAUAAGAAAGCUUCCACAGAUGAGAAGGAAUCAAAAGAAAAAAAGGAUGAGCCUUCUGUGAAAGAACUUGAGGUAGGUGAUGAAGUCCCUGAUUUUGAAUUGAAAAAUCAAAAUAAUGAAACCAUUUCGUUGAAAAAAGUUAUGGAAGAAAACCGUAUUGUUGUUAUCUUUGCUUAUCCAAAAGCUAAUACGCCUGGUUGCACGAGACAGGCUUGUGGCAUGCGUGAUAAUUAUAAUGAUUUGAAAAAAUACGCUGUUGUCUUUGGCAUUAGUGCAGAUUCAGUUAGUGCUCAAAAGAGCUUCCAAGAGAAACAAAAUUUACCUUAUGACUUAUUGAGUGAUAAAAAUAGAGAAUUGAUUGGUGCUCUAGGUUGUAAGAAAACACCAACUUCAGGAAUCAUUAGAUCACAUUUCAUUAUUGUGAAUGGAAAGUUAAAAUUUAAAAGAGUAAAGAUUUCACCAGAAGUUAGUGUUAGUGAUUGUAAGAAAGAAGUCCUAGAAAUUUCUAAAUCUGAAUCUGACGUUAAAGAAGAACGUACAGCUCCUACAAAAUAG